GUUCGCACUUGUCGCGCAAUAGUAAACCGACCAACGUCAAAUAACGGAAUUUUAAGUACCAGCUCAUUGAAAUCGUUUAUCGAGAACUCGCCAAUGUCGCAACGUAUCAUGCGCCACGCCCCCCUGGGCGCCAGGGGCGGUCUGUUGCUGGCCGCGCUCCUGUGUCUGGGCGUGGGGCAGCAGCUGCCGCUGGCCGCCGGCGGCUCGUGCCGGGAGGCGCAGCUCUGCUGCAACGGACGCGACUCGUCGUGCGUGGUGCAGAAGGCGCCGGUCAAUGCGAUCAUCGAGGAUCUGAGCGACAAGCCAUGCUACUGCGAUCACGCCUGCCUCAAGCUGGGCGACUGCUGUGACGACUUCAAGGAUCACUGCGGAGUGCUGGACUGCCAGGUGGGCGAUUGGGGGGCGUGGAGCGAAUGCGACAAGAGCUGCGGAGCUGGAAUGAUGACGCGGACGCGCCAAAUCCUGCAGCCGGUCCAAAACGGCGGCAAGCACUGCCCCUCGCUGCUCCAGAAGCGCGCCUGCCAGGGCUAUCGCUGUCACGGCCAUCGCGAUAAGAAGAUUUUGCGCGAGAUGGCCCUGCUGCUGCCCGCCGCCCUCUCCCGCAGCCAUCAUGCGAACAACAGCAGCGACCUACACCGCAAUUUGCGCACGCGCUACCGCGACUCCUACAAGCACAAUCGGGAUCAUGAAUACUGCGUAGAGUUCGAGGUAAUCAAGGCUUCAAAGGCCUGCCACAAGCUGCCGCCCUACAAUCUAAUGCUGGAAGGCGAUCGCAUUACGGUGCGCUGUGACCUCGAGGCGCUCGUCCAGGAUGCAGCAACAGCUACCGCAGCUGGCAAGCAGGGCAGCCGUGGAGCAGCUGCAACCACGACGACUACAACACGCAAGACACCAAUGGCUCAGCCCUAUUCGAUGGACGAUGGCGACGACGCGGACCGGCUGGACAGCAGCAGCAGCAGCAGCAGCAGCAGCAACAACGAGGAUGACAACGAGGACGACGAGGAGGAAACUAGUGAGGAGGACGAUGCUCAGAACAUGCUCGAGCCUGAAGCUGAACCGGAACCGGAACCGGAAACGGAAGUGGGCAGCAAUGAAAGCCACGAGUACAAGCACCAGCGCCAGUUGCAUCGUGCACGCUCCGCAACAUCCAAACGAAGCGCCGCUCCAAUCUUGCCGCCGGCGCUCCAGCAGAAGCAGCGGGAGGAGGAGGAGGAGCAGCAACAGCUGCUGCUGCUGAGCUAUCAUUGCCGUGGCGAGGGGCUGUCGGGGCGCACGACGCGCUGGAGCGCGCUGCCGGCGCCGUCAUGUCGCGGCAAAUGGCUGCGUCUGACCAUCGGUCCGCCCAAGAAAUGCAACCACGCGCAGUUCAUCUUCGUCUAAACCAGCAAAUGGCAUUGCGUCCAAAUUGCUUCUAUUUUUUUUUUUUGUGGUGAACCAUCCGAUUGAGACGUCAAUAUAUAGAGUAUGGUAUCAGUAUGUGUAGGGUAAACGCGUAGUCUAUGUAGCGAGUACACAGUUCCCCGAUUCCCAGACCCCAGCUCCAGACCCCCAGACCCCAGACCCCAGCCCCGCACCCGACUAGCCUGAACGGUUGCUGCCACGCGCUCACUCAUCCAUAUCAUAUCCUAGCAUCAUAUCGAAUUAGCAGCUGUCUAUAACCCACUAAGCGCCCCUUUCCCAACCCCUCACCCACACACACACACACACACACCAACACACACACACACACACUGAGACAAGAGCUCGCAUAUAAGUGUUUAAACUUUAAGAAAGUUAAUUAAGAAUUGAAAUAAAGUGUACGCGUUUUUUUUUUUUUGUCUCCACAAGCCCCACUCUCUCUC